GUGGUGUGGUAUCGACGAGCGGCGCUAAGCUGCUAACACGUCAACGUCGGAGGCUAGUGCCGCAUCGCCUCACCACACCACAUCGCGCUAAGCUCAGCUCAGCUUAUCCGGCCGGCAACCCCUUGGAUCGGCCUAAUCUCUCUUUAUUUUUUUGUGCCAACGAGAACGACGGCGAGUCGGAGGGGAAAGCGAGAUCGAUCGAUCGAGCCCCGUGCUACUAUACUAUACUAGCUGCGGCCUGUGGCAUCAUCAGUUCAUCACUCCCCUCCAUCCAGAAAUCCCCAGAGGGUAGGGUGCUGGUUUCUUGAGUGAUCGGCCGGCAUGGCGUCCAUCAUCAUCAUCGCCGUGGUGUUCGUCCUGGACGUCCUCGCCUUCGUCCUCGCCAUCGGCGCCGAGCGCCGACGGAGCUACGUGACCUACGUGAACGUGGACACCUACGGGCGGGCCUACUGCGUGUACAGCUCCGACGCGUCCACGGCGUACGGCGUCAGCGCGCUGCUGCUGCUGCUCGCCGGCCAGGCGGUCGCCAUGGUCGCCACCCGAUGCUUCUGCUGCGGCCGCGCGCUCUCGCCGGGCCGCUGGCGGGCAUGGUCCGGCAUCUGCUUCGUCGUCUGCUGCAUCACCUUCGUGAUCGCGGAGCUGUGCCUGCUGGCGGGUUCGGUCCGGAACGCGUACCACACCAAGUACAUCCCACGGCCGAGCGACAGCCCGCCGUCGUGCGCGAUGCUCCGCAAGGGCGUCUUCGCCGCCGGCGCCGCCUUCACCUUCCUCACCGCGCUCUUCACCGAGCUGCACUACCUCUUCUACGCCAGGUCGCGCGCCGCCGCCGACUCGCCGCCGCCCAUCGUCGGCGGCAUCGGCAUGACCCGCAUGUGACUGUGAGUGACCUCACCAGGACACGGGUGGUGAUUGACCCGACACUGCUGCUUUGUACAUGAUGUGCUCGUCCAUGCCCUCCCUUAUUGACCAGCGUGUGGUAGUAGUGUGACGUGUUGCCCUUGGGCUGCCUGCGUGGUGUGAAUCCUCCUAUCAGAUUCAGGAACAUACGACCUGAUGCAUUGCUAGCUGAAAUAGGUUUUCCUGUGCAUAAACAUUCAGAACUAAACUCUGUUGCUGUGCCUGUUAACUACCCGACAGUCAAGAUAACCUUUGGCUAA